AUGCGUGUCACCUCCGUCCUCUGCAGUGCUACUCGCACCCCUCUCAUCCGCUUCGUUGGCAAGCGAUCUGUCCCUAAGUCUAUCGACCACUCUCCUCGCGUCCACCCCGCCUCUCCCACCGGCACUCUCCCUGACUCUUUCGCUACCUACCGCGUCAAGGCUCAGCAGCACGGUCCGCUCGGUCGCUCCCACUCCAGCAGCAGCAUCGGCGGCCGCCCUGGUGCGGCUCUCGGCCCCGUCAAGCCCCAGGAGGGCGAGUUCUUCGACCGCGCUGAGCUUCCCGCCCGCUUUGGCCGUCUCCCCUGGACCCAGGCUGAGAUUGAUGCCAUUGAGACUGGCGGUGCCAGCCUCUUCGCAUAA